UGAAACCAUAUGAGACUUGUGAAAACAUAAACGCAAUGAAUGAUUUGGCGAUUGAAGCUAAUAUGGAUGUGUUUAAAGAGAAAGAUCAAGUAAUAAUGAGAAUAAAUAAUAACGUGUCAGAUAAUAUAGAUAUUUGUUUAAUGUGGUUAGAUUACGUGAUAGAAAAUAAGGGAAUGUAUGAGGAGUUAAGAGAAUUUGUGAUCGUAAAAUGAAAGGUUUUAUAGAUAAAGAAGUUAUAGUAAAUAUAGGAGCAGUGAUACAGAAGGGUGUUUAGAUGGUUUUUUUUGGUUUGGGGAUAAUUCCAAAGAGCAGUGAUAUUGAUAAGUUUAAUUUUAAUGGUAAAUUGAAGUUUACAAAAAAUGAGAAAAAAGUGUACGCGGUGGCGUUAAUGGUAGCGAUAAUAAUAUUGCCAUGUAAUAUAAAAAUUGAUUUUAGAACGGAUCUAGAUGUCAUUGAAUGGAUAAAUGGAUAUAGUCAAACUGGUAGUAUACUGUACGUAAGGAGUUAGAUGAUAAAUUAUAUAUUUAUAUUAAUUUUAUAAAUGCAAUUUUAGAGUUAAAGAAUAUAAGUAUGUUGGUUAAGAUGAUAAAACAGAAAUACAAAAAGCAAUGAAAGACGUUAAGAUUCCAGCGAUAAAAAAGGAAUUGGUCAGUUGUAAAUUUGCGAUCAAGGAAGUAGAAAUUAACGUUAGUCAUUUUGGUAGAUUAAGGUGGAAUUACGUGCCGAUCG